AUGUCAGUAGAUACAAUUGACGAAGUGGACAUAGGUGAUUCAGCCUCCAUAAUAAAGGAGAGUACAGAUCAUAUAAAUGAACAGCCUAAAGAAGAAUUGGGUGAGGAUUUAAGCGUAGAUGAACAAGCACAACAACAAGAGCAAGUACAAUUAGAAAAACAAGAACAAGAACAAGUACACGUAGAAGAACAAAAACAAGAACAAGAACAAGAAUUGGUUCAAGAAGAUGUGCAAGGACAGGAAAUGGCUCAAGAAGCUGUACAAGAACAAGCACAAGAUACGCUAGCACCUGAAGAAGAGCAAGCACUUCAACCAGGCGAAGAACAGAGCAACAUAGUUACCCACACCAGUAGUCCUUCAACUCAGCCUGACGCUGAAGAAACAGAAGGCAAAAAGCUAAAUUCAGUACAACCAACCCUAGAUGAGGUUGAUCUUGCAGAAAAUAAUGUUGAGGGACGAAUGGAUAUUCCUAAGAUCGAAAUUAAUGAAUCAAAUGAACCACUUUCUCCACAAAUUAAAGUGGCUAGCCAAACAUUAACACGAGAAGAGAAGGUGGAGGCCAUUAAGAAACUUCGUAAGGAUAUCACUUCGCUCGUGUCGAACAUUAGAAACACCAAAAAAGUGUGUGACAAGUACAAAAAUGAGAACCAGUAUUUACAAGAGUACGUUGGUAGUAUGAUGGCAAGUGGGGAAAUGAAAUAG